CCGCCCCGGCCGGGCCCCCAAACGAGGCCGAGAUGACUUCCAAGGAGGACAGCAAGGCGGCGCCGGGGGAGGAGAGGCGGCGCAGCCCGCUGGACCACCUGCCGCCUCCCGCCAACUCCAACAAACCGCUGACGCCGUUCAGCAUCGAGGACAUCCUCAACAAGCCGUCUGUGCGGAGAAGUUACUCGCUGUGCGGGGCGGCGCACCUGCUGGCGGCCGCGGACAAGCACGCUCCGGGCGGCUUGCCCCUGGCGGGCCGCGCGCUGCUCUCGCAGACCUCGCCGCUGUGCGCGCUGGAGGAGCUCGCCAGCAAGACUUUUAAGGGGCUGGAGGUCAGCGUCCUGCAAGCAGCCGAAGGCCGCGACGGGAUGACCAUUUUUGGGCAGCGGCAGACCCCCAAGAAGCGGCGAAAGUCGCGCACGGCCUUCACCAACCACCAGAUUUACGAGCUGGAGAAGCGCUUCCUCUACCAGAAGUACCUGUCCCCCGCCGAUCGCGACCAAAUUGCGCAGCAGCUGGGCCUCACCAAUGCUCAGGUCAUCACCUGGUUCCAGAAUCGGCGUGCCAAGCUCAAACGGGACCUGGAGGAGAUGAAGGCCGACGUGGAGUCCGCCAAGAAACUGGGCCCCAGCGGGCAGAUGGACAUCGUGGCGCUGGCCGAACUCGAGCAGAACUCGGAGGCUGCGGGCGGCGGCGGCGGCGGCUGCGGCAGGGCUAAGUCAAGGCCUGGCUCUCCGGCACUCCCCCCAGGCGCCCCGCAGGCCCCGGGCGCCGGGCCCCUGCAGCUCUCGCCCGCCUCCCCGCUCACGGACCAGCCGGCCAGCAGCCAGGACUGCUCGGAGGACGAGGAAGACGAAGAGAUCGACGUGGACGAUUGAGCGGCGCCCAGCAUCUUCCGCAGCCCCGGGCUCCUAGCGCUCUUUGCCCGCCACCUCCCAGACAGGACCGCCAAGGGGAGCUGGGACCUCCUCUGCAACUCCCCCCUUCUCCCCUGUCCCUGGCCUGGACUCGGCUCCCAGCAGCCGCCUCUUUCCUCUCGAAGCAAUAAACCUGGGAUGGCCGGCCAAGCCGGCCGCCGCGCGCGCGGCCUCCGCUGCCCCGGGAGCCCUCGCCGUGCAAUUCUGUAUGGCUUCUGUAUAAAUAUUUAAACCUAUAUACUGGGUUCUUCCCACCGCAGCCUGACUUUUUUCUUUCUUUUAUUUUUUAAAAUCUCGGAGUUUCCAUGUUCUCAAAGCUCAGGCUGCCGGGUUUGCUGAGGGCGAGAUAGAAUCGAGGGUAAUGAACACUUAACCUCGAGGUCUGGAGGAGGGGCCGCCCCGACUUUUUGAUUUUUCUCUGCAUGUGGCGAAUGCACCGGCCCUCUCCCUCCUCACCUCCCUUGGCCUAUUGCAGUUGAUUUCUUUUAUUUCCUUCUGCCUUUAUUCCCCCACACACACCUGGGAAGGUGCUGAGGGGGGCAACCGGGUCCUGACUUGCGAGUUUCAAAUCGAUGUUUCCCCCUCCCCCCCAGCGAAAGAAGUCUGUUUUCGAUGCCAUUUCUGCCUCCUAAUGCCCAGUAAUGCUAUUUUUAAGAUUCCUCCCCACCCUCUCCCGGUUGCCUGGGACUGACUAUUGGGGUCCGGGUCUUAGGGACAAAGCAGGGGGAAAUCCAACAACCAACCAAUCAACCAACCAGCAAAAACAGAACCCAAAGUCCAAGAAUUAUUUUUUACUCUUUUUAGAAUUUUUUUGCAUGUGACAGAGACUGAGACGAGGCCGACCUAAGCCCUCGCGCCACCUCCUCCACAGCUCUGGGUCUGUCUUGCGGUAUCCAACGCCCUGCUCCUAGCUCGACUUGGCCAGACGAGGGUGCCUGGAUGAGGGUGGGUCCCGCGUGCCACUCCCCUGCUCCUGCCCUGCCCUCUCCUCCCCGGACUGUACCCAAGGCCUCU